AUGACCGAAAAGGAGAUGGACUUGUCAGGUGAAAAGCUCGCAGUGGGCGACUUCAGUCUCGGCAAAACGCUUGGGACGGGUGCCUUCGGGCGAGUGCGCUUCGUGACGCACAAGGGCAAUGGAAGGCACUACGCGUUGAAGACCUUGAAAAAGGCUGCAAUCAUCAAGAUGAAGCAGGUAGACCACAUCAUGAGCGAGAAGCAGAUUUUGGCCAAGCUGCAGCAUCCCUUCAUCGUGAACAUGUUCGGCUCAUUCCACGACCCCCGCUAUAUCUACAUGGUCUUGGAAUACAUCGUGGGUGGCGAAUUCUUCACGCAUUUGCGAAAGGCUGGCCGUUUCGAAAACGAACAGUCCCUCUUCUACGCCGCGCAAAUCACAUGCAUCUUCGAAUAUUGCCAUGAAUUGAACAUCGUCUAUCGUGACCUGAAGCCGGAGAACAUUUUGAUCAACGCGGACGGCUAUGUGAAGUUGACGGAUUUCGGCUUUGCCAAGGUCAUUGAGCAUCGCACCUACACCUUGUGCGGAACUCCCGAAUACAUCGCGCCAGAAGUCCUUCUGAACAAGGGCCACGGCAAACCAGUGGAUUGGUGGACACUAGGCAUCCUCAUCUAUGAGAUGAUUGUUGGAUACCCACCUUUCGUCGAUGAGGACCCCAUGGGCAUCUACCAGAAGAUCUUGGCAGGUAAAAUCACGUUUCCGAAGAUCUUUCACAAGGAGGCCAAGAGCUUGGUGAAGAAGUUGCUUACCCCGGAUUUGGGCAAGCGUUUUGGCAAUUUGAAGAAUGGUGCUGCAGACAUCAAGGAGCACAAGUGGUUCAAGGAUCUCAGCUGGGAGGAUCUUGUGGCCAAGAAGAUUGAGGCACCAUUCAAACCAGCCGUGAAGGGUGCUACUGAUACCAGUAACUUCGAUGACUAUCCAGACUCAGAUCAGGAACCUCCUGCUGUAAAUGCCUCGCAAGAUCCUUUCACCAACUGGAGAUGUGCGGAAGAAUGCUAUCAACUAUUGGCAUUUGGGUCUGGGUAUUGCCUGGUGAUUGCCACGCAGCAGGGACAGGGUUUGCGCGCCCUGGGCUAUCGCGAUGCCUAUCUCAGAACCUGCAGCUCCUCGUAUACGACGAAGAGCUUGGACAGGAUGGUUCACCUCAACAAUGACGCGGUCCAGAAGCAGGGAGAGGAGUAUGGGAAGUUUGAGUCUGGCAACAAGCUCUCUUUAGAAGAGUUCCAAAAAUUCUUGGACGAACAUCACCAGGUGCGCAAGAUCAGCGUGAGAGACGACUUGAUGCCAAAGUGCCACAGCCUCAUGGGCGAUGCCAUUCGUUCCGCGGCCAGCAAGCUGAAUCCUCGAAAGAUCAAACACUGCUUCGAGGUCUUCGGUUUUGAUUUCAUGGUGGACUCUGACUUCCGAGUGUGGCUCAUUGAGUGCAAUGCCAAUCCAUGCCUGGACUUGUGCAGCGCCUACCUGGCACAUUUGAUUCCAAGCAUGUUGGACCAAGCACUUCGUUUGACCGUGGACUCCUUCGUAGACGGUGAAGAAUGUAGCCCAGAGGAUACCAAAUGGGAUCUCCUUUACGAUUCUGAGGAGGCGCCAAACUCGAUGUCCAGUACUUGGAUGGAAGAGCUACCUUUAGGUUUCACGCUGCCAAUGCUGGGCACCCAAAUCCUGGGACGGAAGCCCAAGAAAGGAACCAAGAAAAUGGCGGCUCCCCCAAGGGAAACCGCACUGGCUGAAGAGGACGCAAAAGCGCCGGCUGUCAAUGAGCAGCUGGAUGGUUUGACCUCCUGCGCAGAAAACGACGGCUGCGAUGGAAAAUCACAACUUGUCCUUCCUGUGCUGAUGUCACUUUCCACCCAGCAGGCCUUUGAUGUCCUGAAGAACUUUGAGGAGAACGCCAACAGCGUUCGAGAUCCCACUGCCUACGCCAUCGGCACUGCCAGGAAAGCCGAGCGAGGAGAGACGAUUGGCACCGGUCGCAAGGCCUCCGUGACGGUUUCUGAAGCGCCACGCUUGAGGGCGCCACGGGCCAAAGGAGAGGGACGCCCUCCUGAGCCCAUUGGUUCUUUUGGCAAAUCAGGCAAGCCUUCCAGAGCCCCUCCCCAGCACAACUCUGAGAGUCGCAUCAGGAGACAGGUGCAGUGGCUGAACAGAAAUGCUGAGCUUCAAAGCGACCUGGAUGAGGAGCGCGUGGUCUCGCAACUAACCCGAGUCUCGGAUCGAGAAGCCAUGGACAUUUUGAAGCGCCGGGAGCCUUUUUCUGCCCACCCCACCGCAGUUCCCGGCCCGCGGCCAGUCGUGAGCUUUUCCGUGCCAAAGAUGGCACUCGAUCCCCCGGUGGCACCACCACCGGGGAUGGAAGAUAUGCAUUAUGACAUGGCACGUGAUAUCGGGCAGAGGGUGGAGGCCUUGAUCCUGGAUGUCACUGGGACGAUCUGGGAUGGAACAGCCGAGUGGGCCGGUUGUGGGUUUUAUGAAUCUUAUGGUGCCAGGUGUUAUUUUUGUCAUGUUCCAUCCUACCUGAAAUCACAACAUCCUAACUGA